GGUUGCAUGCUUAGCCCACACAGGAAGCUGUCUCAUGUCAGAUGCAAUAUGGAAACACCCCUGUGUGAAAUGUUGGUGCUGUUUAGCAAAACCUGAUGACUUGACAUUACAAAGCAGCUGAAACAACGGAGUCUGGAUCUGGCUUGAGAUAUUAGAAGUCAUGUCUGCUCCAAGGGCAAAUAAGGAAGACAAGAAAAAGAAGCUUGGUUCUCGUCGCUCUAAAGCCAAGCAAAGUGAACCACAAGAGGCUGAUGAGAUUAACUUCAUGGGCAGUGCUUCUGUAGUAGAAGAAAAUACUGAAUCACCACAUGUAUGUAAUCCUGACAAGUCAGAGAAUGAAACCCAGCAUCAACCUUUUUCAGAACGCACAGAGAAGAGAAGGAAAUUGGGGUCUAGUCGGAUCAAUAGAGGACGGCAAAAUGUAAAGGAUGCGGAAACUGCAUCGUCUCACAAAGCUAGAGAAGUUGACGAAAAGCCAACAAGUGAUGAAGAUCUCGAACCAAAACGCGUGUCAUGGGAAACACAGUUUAAGAAACAGGAAGACUUCAGUCAAGCAAGAGAGCAUGAAACAUCUGCAACAGAAAGCAGCUCCUUAUGUUCUGUCAGUACGUCACACGAUUCAGAGUUUGAUUAUGUUGAUCAGCGAGAGGAUGUCUCACAAAUGUUGAUUUCUAGAAGUAAAAACCUUAAAGCGAAUGAAAACGAGUGUACAGUGGCGUUUGAUUCAGAUAAGUUUGCGACGACUGUGCUGAAAGAGACGCACACAACUGAAACUCCACUAAGUGAGAAAGUCAGAGAACAUUCACAAUCUAACAACAUGUCUGAAAUAGGUUUGAGUGUACAUUCAUCAACAGAUCAGGAGCUUAUUUAUCAAUCAAAUUUGUUAAAGAUGCCAAAAGAAGAACAAUUUGAAGUACAUUCUGAAACAGAUAAAGAGAACACAGAAAGAUGUGAAGAUACAGACGCGCCACUGCUGGAUGGAAAUUUACUCAGCACUAACUUGACGAGUGAGUCACACAUGAGUGUUUUAGAGGUUUGUGCCACAGCAGAAAUAACCGACCAAACAGAAGUGCCGCCUGCAGAUGAGGCCCAGUGUGAGGCUUCCCCACAGAACUCUGUCUGUGAAGUUGCCAGAGGCGUUAAUAGUACUGAAACCUUUGAAAUAGCAGAAGAGACGUUACUAAUGCAGAUAGCGGUGCCUGUAAAAAAACAAGUGGAAACCUGGCCAGCCUCAUCUGACACAGUCCGUCUUCCUGACACAUAUGAGUUAAACAGCUCACAUAUGAGCCCUCAGGUCAACCAACAGCCUGUUGAGAUGCCCGAUGAAAGAGAUGACCAUCAGGCAAUUUCACAGGUCAGCAGUUCUGAGAGUAGCUUGUCUGUCACACAGGGGGUAAUCAUAGAAAGAAGCCCCUCUGCAGAAAAUGUAGGGCCUGAAUGCGACGUGGAGCAAGUAGCUGCAUCAGGAAAAGAACUAUCUAUGAAUGAGGAACAAAAUGAGAAUUUUAACUUAACAGACAUUAUGGAAAAUAUCUAUGUCUCCUCAGAAAAUCUCGAAACCCAAGCUAAGUUUGAAGACACACAACAAUCUGAGUUACGUGUGGAAAGUUUUGAUUCUUCAGGUACUAGUCAGGAAGGUUCAAAUCCUGACAAGAAACACGAGUUUCCCUCAAAAGAAAAGAUCUUUCUUCCUUUAGAGCAAACGAGUAAAGAUUAUGAUUCCAAGAAAUCACACUCCAGAAAUCCAGAAAGACAAGACACUGAACUAAGUGAGGUGUAUGAGGCUGAAGGCCAACUAGAGGAAAACAUAAAAACCACUGCUGAACAAACAAGUCAUGAGCAGAAAGAAGGACUAUUCUAUGAAGGUGAGGAGAGCAACAAUCAGGAAAACCUCACCCUCGUGAGCACAGAAGAGCAAAUGACUAAUUUCAAUCCUAUUGGGAGCAGAAGAAAACUUGGAUCCAGACGUAUGAACAGAGGACACCAGCAGGUCAGAGACUCUCCUGCCGAGUCAUGCCAUGAAAAUGAAGAGGAUAACAUAGGAGAUAAUAGAUCGAAUGGAACAACUAAAGACACAUUAGCUUUACAGACAAUAAAGCAGGAAGAAACAACUCAAGAGACUGUGUGUGAUAUUAUCAUGUCUGUCACAGAUGACAGCUCCUUACAUUCAGUGAACAUGGCUGGUGAUUGUUCUCAGGUUCAGAACACAACACCAGCCCUGUGUUCACAGGCUGCUUUAAUGGAAGCAAGUGAAAAUCUACAAGAGGCAAACAAUGAAAAUGAAGCCGACUCCGAAGUGGAGGCUUUAAAUGAAUCACUGGAAGACUUAUCAGUAGAAGGGGCCAUAGCUCACAGUCCUCAGAGUAAAGAGCAUUAUGCCAGAGAAAACGCCCAAACCAAGGAAGAUCAGGAACAUGUGGACUAUCAAGUGUAUGAAACCCAGGAAGCGCAGACCACUGACAUAGAAGAACCCAAUGACACUGGAUUAUUUCAGUUGACUGAAGAGGAUAAAGAACCCACUGCUGCACAAACAGGUCACCAGGGGAAACGUGAACUCUGGAGUCCUGCAGCACACACACAACCUGCAGGCAGCACUGAGCAAGUCAGACUUUCCUCACCAACAGAGGAGUGGUCUAAAAGCGAAGAGCAACAUGUCAAUUUAUGUGAGGCUGGAGGAGCUCAGGCCUCAGAUGAUGGCGUAAGUGAAGCGCAUGAACCGGACGUGAAGCAAAGACACAAACAAAAGCAUGCGGCGCAAGAAGCCGCAGAAAACGCUGUCUUUUCCGUGAAGCCCAUGCACCAGGCUGAAACAAUGGACUCACACCAAAGCAACAUGGAUGCUCAUAACAAUAAACCACAGGGCAGGAACACUGGAGCAGACACUGAACAGAGUGAAGAGUCUGUGGAGAGUCAGGGCCCAGCAGAGGAAGCCGUGCACAUAGAGACCCAGGACAACACCUUCAGCAUGACUGAGCAGGAGGACACGGACUUCAGAUUGAUGGGGAACAAAAGAAAAGCAAGGUCCAGACGUAAAAACAAGGGACAACAGCAAGUUAAAGACUUUAAUGUUGAAACAGCUACAACAUCAGAGACAGAAAUCCAGGACACAUCAUUGGAAACUAUGCUGGAGGAAGCAGACACACCUCAAACUAAGGAUGUUAGAGAUCAAGGAGAAGAAGAGGAUGCUCACAGUGGCACUAGUGUACAAUCAAAUGUUACAGAUGAACAGGUAAUGGACCAAUCGGGUUUAACCAAGGUGCAUGUUGAUGAAAGUCCCCACAAGUCGUCUGUUACACAUACAGAAAGCAUUGAAAAAGACAGGGACGCAGAUUUGUUAAAGCAGUGUGAGACUUUACAGACCAGCAGUUGUGAAAGCGAGUUAAAGCCAGAAGUUAGCGAGUCGUCUGCCGCGCUGGACAAAACCAGAGAAAACAGCGCCUUUGAGGAAGAGACAGGACCUGGAGGUAGAGCUGAGCCGGCAGCACUUUCAUCACCAAAGGAACAAAAUGAGAGUUUGGUAUUAUCUGAAGUCACAGAGCACACACAGACAGCACAAGGGCAAGACGUUGAAUGCAUCUCAGUUGGAGAGAACAGGUCAUCGGUUCAGAGUCUGUUAGAUGCACAUGGUCCUGUGGACUCCCAGCCAGAGGUCACCUCUCAAAACAGGGAGGAAAGUCACACAGGCCUCAAAUCAGCAGAACACAGAAGAAAACUGGGCUCAAGGAGGACCAAAGGGAAACAGCACGGACUCGACUCUGCUUCUGAAACAGACCUCAAACAUAAAGAGGACGCAGGAAACACGUGGGGAGAUGGAGAAGUGUCAUUAACAACAGACACGAGGCAGGAAGAAUUAAAACAGCAAGCAGACCCAGGUGUCAACGCUUCAGAGCAGCUAAGAAACAGAAAUAAAGGGGAAACCACAAGGAAGAUCAGAAAGGAAGAGACACCCUCAUCACAUAAUGUGGUGGAGCACAGUAUAACUGAGACAAGUGAUGUGACCUCAAGGUCAGACAAGGACGACGCUCUGCACAAACACACAGACGCAUGUGACGAUCCCACAGAGAAUGAGCAAAUGAAGAGCAGCGAGGCUGUCGAAACAGCUAGAUCUGCAGCAUCACAGAGAGCGGGGAAGGAGGAACUAAGUGAAGAGGCUGUAGAUGAGGAUGUUUUGCAUCGAGUUUCUAGUCCUGAUCUUCCUACUGACGUUCAUACACAUGAUAGAACUAAAACAGGCCUGGAAAGUCUGAUUCAUGAAAGUGAUAGUUUCCAAGAAGAGCAUGAACAAAGAGAAAUGGUUGUUGAAUCAGUGGGAGCCACAUCAGAAGAAAUGGAGCAAUCUGACUGUUUCGGGGGUAAAGAGGCAGCGAGUAGUGACGGUUUUACUACCAAACAGGAUGAUUCUGAUUCUGACACCAAGCACGACAGUCCUACAGAAGAAAACAUCACCAAGGAGUUAGACCAGACACAUCAGGAUCAUCAUGCGUCUGAUGAAGUGAACCCACAGACCAGUGAUGCAGAAAGUGUACGGACCGGAUCGGCUCAUGUAAAUAAGAGUGAACGCCAAGAAGAAGACGAGAUAAAACCACUUGCUGAGCAGAUGAGUCACGUGGAGAAGGAGGACACUCCCUCUCCUGCUCAGGACAGUGAAUGGUCUUUCCAGUCCCUGCAGUCAGAGAUACAUGUCUCAGUAGAACCACAGACUCAUGACAACUCUGUGAGUGAGAAAGAGCAAGAUAACAAAGACUUCAGGUCCAUGGGGAGCAGGAGAAAACUGGGGUCCAGUCGUAGAAAUCACGGGAAGGGGCACGGCAGGAAUCCAGAGUCCUCCCAGACGCCCACAGCAGAAGCCAGCAACACUGUGGGUGGUGAAGCUGAAGCAUCAGUGGGAACCAUGCAGGACCCUCCUCACACUGAAGACAGAGAUGCACCCAUUAACAUGCCUGAGUCAGCCUGCAUUUCUAUACAAUCAGGUUCUACGCUGGACCAACAGCUGAUUGACCAGUUAAACUCCAUGAUGCAGAUUCCUAACGAGGAACAUUCCCAUGUGUCUGUAUCAGACACAGAAAGCAGUGAAAGAGACCAGGACACCGUGUGUUUAAAGGUAGAGGAGGUAGAAGGUAGAGAGUCGUCUGUCACACUGCAGAAAAGCAGAGACAAAACCUGCACCGGGGAGGAAACAGAACACGAUUGGCCCGUUGAGCAAGCCCCCCUUUCAUCAUCACAAAAGGAGAUGUCUACAAAUGAGGAACCAAGUGAGCGUGUCACUGUAGCUCACCAUAUGGACACUGCUGCAGGGAAGGUGCAUGAAGAGGAGCUUCAAAGAGAAGAAAAGCAAGAAAUGGAUCCAGCUCAUUACAGCAGAUCAUCGGCUCAGAGUCUGUUAGAUGCACAUGGUCCUGUGGACUCCCAGCUAGAGGUCACCUCUCAAAACAGGGAGGAAAGUCACACAGGCCUCAAAUCAGCAGAACACAGAAAAAAACUGGGCUCAAGCCGAAGGACUAAAGGAAAACAGCACGGACUCGACUCUGCUUCUGAAACAGACCUCAAACAUAAAGAGGACGCAGGAAACACGUGGGACGAUGGAGAAGUGUCAUCAACAACAGACACGAGGCAGGAAGAAUUAAAACAGCAAGCAGACCCAGGUGUCAACGCUUCAGAGCAGCUAAGAAACAGAAAUGAAGGAGAAACCACAAGGAAGAUCAGAAAGGAAGAGACACCCUCAUCACAUAAUGUGGUGGAGCACAGUAUAACUGAGACAAGUGAUGUGACCUCAAGGUCAGACAAGGACGACGCGCUGCACAAACACACAGACGAGAGUAAGAAUUUAACUCUGCUUACAGGUAAAACUGACAGCUUGGACCAUGUGGAGACGUUGAUGGUGACAACAAAGACAUUGGAGAAUAGAAAACCACAGCCAUCACUGAGUGACCAGCUGCUCCAACCAAGAACAGAAGGCACCGUACAGCCUGAAAGUGGUGGUGAGACUGCACAAAGUACAACAAAAGACGAGCAAGGUCCAGAGGCUAUGAAGUCAGCAGACGUACCUGGUGUGACUGUUUCAAGCGACGUGAAUGAAGGCGCUAAUAACACAAACUUUGACAUAAGGAAUGCAAGUCCAAAUUUUAAUUCAACCAACAGAAGAAGAAAAAUGGGCUCCACCCGCAGGAAUCUUGGAUCACCAUCCAAACAGGAACCCUUGAACCAAAAGCAGGACACACCUGAACCAGCUGGAGGUGCUGGACAUGGUUUAAGUGGAAAUGCCUCGGGAACCACAUGGCUGCAGCCACAAAAGCAACACCAAGAAAGUGAGUCUGAACUAAAGGAGGAGAACGGAGGAGAGGAGCACAGCAGCAUUAGCGAGUCUCAGUUCAAAGCUGUGGUUUAUCAGACAGACGAAAGAGUCCCCGAUUCUCCGUCAGAAGAAACCAGGCCUCAAGUGAGUCAGGAUCACCUCGCUACGAAGCCAUCCACUUCCCCCGAACAGGACGACGCCCCGGAGUCAUCCAAUGGAGGGAGAAGAAGAAAGUUUGGAUCCAACCGCAAGUCCCGUGGAAACUAUGGGGAUCAGACAGCAAGAGAGGACAGAACAGUAGAAGCUCCAAAAGACGGUGGUUCCACUGAGGAACAGACAAACAACGGAGGAGGCCGAGAAGAAUCUGUGGGUUUGGACAAACAAGAGACGUCAAACGUACAGAUUAAUGAAGGCGACAGGAAACUGUCGUCCAACGUGAGCGCUGCAGGAGAGUCACAGAGGCCUGGCAGUGAGAAAGCAAAACAAGUUGCUCCUUAUGUUGGAAUCAACCUGAGUCACAAGAGCUUUUCUUUGGCUGGUGAUUCCACAGAAGCAGACGUCAGGUCAAGAGGUUACAAUGUUCUGAUGGUUGGAGACACCAGCGUCGGCAAGACCUCCUUCAUGAAACGGGCUCAGAGUGGAAAGUUUUCUUUGGAUUUACCGUCGUCUGUUGGCCUUGAUUCCUGCAUGUGGACCGUGGUCGUGGACGGAAAACGUGUGGUGCUGCAUUUAUGGGACACAGCUGGGCAAGAAAGGUUUCACAGCAUCACUAGACAGAUCUUCCACAAAGCCCAGGCAUUUCUUUUGAUGUAUGACGUGACUUCAUCUAAGAGCUUCUCUGCAGUGAGCUACUGGGCCAACUGUAUUCAGGAAGGGGCUGCAGAGAAUGUGUGCAUUUUGCUCCUUGGAAAUAAGAGCGACUGUGUAGAACGGCAGGUUAAAACCCGGGACGGAGAAAGUCUUGCUAAGGAGUACAAGUUUGACUUCAUGGAGUGCAGCGCUGCCACUGGUCAAAAUGUGAUUGAGUGUUUGGAGACCAUUGCCAGGACGUUGACUCAGAGAACUGACACAUCGCAGGAAGCGGUGGCGUUAGAGCAAGAACCUCGGCCGAAGAAAAGAUCAGGAUGUUGCUAAAAUCAGACAGGACCAGUGGUGAGAUCCUGUCCACACUGAACUUCAUGUUCGAGCUUGUUUCUUCACGAAAAGCCUCUGUAGUUUAUUGCAGUUACACGGUUAGUGACCAAAUGUCAGGGAGUUCUUACACAUCUGUCAUUAAUACUUUAUAUCCUUUUGCACUUCUAAAUUAUUAAUAACUUGCAAAGCUCUACUUGUGCAACUUCAAAUGAUCACAAUUUAGUAUUUAUACACACACGUAAAUAAAACAUGCACUAGUAAUUGUGCAAUAUUCCUGUAAAACUAGAGCGAAGUUCAUUUAGCAGUGUUAAUAAUUAAAUAAAGUUCCUUUCAGUGUUUACUGUGUUUUGAUCAAGUCUUAGCACCCGUUCUUGUUGAAAUGUCACAGAAUCGUAAGCAAAUUUAUAUGUCCACAGUGAGAUAGAGGUCGUAAUGUUUUAAUAGGCUUUCAGGAUAAAUGUUAUUUUUGUUUUGCGUAAUACUCUAGACCUUGUUGAGUACCAUGAUUUAAAUGUUGCUGUCACGUCUUGUGCGUAAUAAACCUUGAAAACACCA